AUGUUCGGACAACCACAUGGCUCAGGCCAGCCGCCGCCGCUGCCGCCUGAUGAUGGCGAUGGCCGCGGCGGCGACCUCGACAACAGGAAUAUUCACCGCAGUAUACCAAUAAACAACGACCCAGGAACCGUCACCGACUCCAUUGAAGCUGUUGACACCGACGAUGCGUCCAUUGCGGCAACGAAACUUGCGCACAUGGCCGCGCCAACGGCGACGUGA